UUACAAAAUGGCGAAUAUAAACAUAAACAAUGAUUCUCCGAACAAAAAUCCGUAUAUUUCGUGCAAAAGCAAACGUUCCCUGCUAACUCUUCAGUGUAUUAUUGAGCAAGAAGUCAAUCGCAGUCUACCAGACGCAAUACCAUCUGACAUUAAAGCAAAAGCAUGCCAGGAGGUUAAGUACGCUCUGCUUGGCAAUGUUCUACUCAAUGGACAACCUGUUACAGGAGAUGAUACAGACCUUCUGUCAGAUAUAGAGUAUGAGGAGGUUGACAAACAGAAGCAGGAGCUGAUAGAACAGGAGUUGAUGGAGCAGUGGCACCAGGGUCUCCUGCAGACUUCAAGCACCAGAAAGACCGCACCCAAACACCUACGCUCUAUUGUGAAGAAAAUCAUAAGGCAUGAGCUCAAGUACCUGGCACUGUGCAAUGUUGAAGUAGACUCUCCAGAAAAGAUGGAGACUGACUCAUCGCAAACUGGAGCUGUUGACAUGAGUGACUUGGAGGAAAUCUUGAAAGAGACAUCAGAUGCAUGCAAAUCAGGAAAACAGGACCUGGAGGACAUUCAGUGUAAAGUCCAAGAUCUCAGUCAAAUCAUCCAGCUGGCUCGAUCCCGGCCCCCGGAACUAUUGGCCCUGUAUGAAACACCGCCAAGCUCUCCGAUAGCAACAGGCAUGAAUGGAGAUAAACGGUCGUGUGUUGAUGGUGUGAAAAUAAGUAAUAGACUGCUUUCAUGUACAUGAGUAAUUUCAUGUCAUACCUUUUCUUAUACAUUGUGGAUGGAUUGUUGAAAACUUUGUUAAGGUUUACAAUGUUAUUAACUGGGGUGCACAAUUUGAAUUGUUGCCUUUUAUCUGAGCUAUACAAAAAAUGGUUUUUUGUAUGUAGUUUGAUGGAGAUACCACUAUUUCAUACUAGUUUUCUCUCCUUUUACAAAUUUGCUUUGGCAUCCCUGUAUGAACAGCAUCGGUGUUAACUUUCAUAUUUUGAAUAAUCUAAAAAAAUAAUGAUCAUGGCCACCAUUAUGACCUUAAUUACUUCUCAAAAGUAUUGCAACAACUGUUUCGGCUGUGAUUUAUCUAGUUGAAUUUAUCAGCACACAUUUGUUAAUCUUUAUUGUUUGUUAAAAGUUAACAAUGACACCAUCAGAACAAUGUCAAGUUGAAAAACAUUCUGAACAAUUGGCCAUGUAUGUGUGCAGCCAUUCUAAGCGUAUUGUUUCCCAAGUCGUUUUGUUUGACAAUGGAUUGUCAAUUGUGUUGUUCUCUGACACUGACUUUAAUCGUACUGCAGAUAGUUACAUCUCGGGUCUACCAUAUAUAUGGAGUGGCGCCGCAAUGUCCAGUCCCUACUCUUAACAAAUUUCUGUCACAUUUAUCACCAAAAGUAUUGCACCUAUUUUCAUGAAACUUCAUUUUGCUCAGCAUAUGCAUUUGUGUAUCUGUUAUUUCUAUUUCUCUGAAAUAUAGGUUUGGCCCUUGAUUAGGCAAAAAAUGGUCUGAAAUAUAUUGUGUCGCAUUUACCUCUAAAAGCAUGAAGCCUACACUCAUGAAACUGCAUAGAAAUGUUGGUCAGCAUGUGCAUUGGUGUACCUAUGAUUUCUUUGACAUUUCACUUUGUCUAAAAGUAGUUAUGGCCCUAGACUCAGUAAAAAUGGUAUUAGAUAUCUUGUCAUAUUUAACCUUUUCUGUGUGCAGCUGGUGUUUGGGGGUAUUCAUCACUUUUUGUGAUAGCUGUAUUUAAACUUUAAAGGACAUAAGUAAUCAAAUCAAAUGUUGUUUGUAUAUUUUUAUUGCAUUGUAUGUGGCUAAAAUAACGAGUUUCAUUAACAUAAUGAACAUGAACACAACUUGCAUAGACCUGUAAAACAAUUUUAUGUCAGAAAAAAAAUAAUCAUGAAAUCAAAGACCAUCACUCUGACAGAACAAAAAAUUCAUAGCUCAAAAUUUGUUUUCACCAAAAUCACAUGACCUCUUUAUAACAUAGCUGUUUCAUAAAUGUUUCUUAAAGCUGCACUCUCACAAAUUUACUGUUUUGACAACUUUUUUUUAUUUUUUGUCUUUGAUGGAGUCGUUUUUUUCAAUUUGUGUAGAUGUUUGGAAAUCAAUGGUAUAAGACUGGUAACAAAA